UCUCACUCUCUGCUCUCGUUUGCUUCUCUGCUGCUUCUUUCGAGUUUCCUCAUCUAUCCAAACAAUAGCAGGCGAAAGCUCCCUCUCAAUCGAAGACUAUGGACUCCAUGGAUCCUACUCGAGCUUUCGUCAAGGACGUUAAGCGUGUCAUCGUCAAGGUCGGAACAGCAGUUGUUACCCGAGGUGAUGGAAGACUAGCCUUGGGCAGAAUGGGAGCACUUUGCGAGCAGAUUAAAGAAAUGAACUCUCAAGGCUUUGAGGUUAUUCUGGUGACUUCAGGUGCAGUUGGUGUUGGCCGUCAAAGGCUUAGAUACAGGAAACUAGUCAACAGCAGCUUUGCUGAUCUCCAAAAACCACAAGUUGAACUUGAUGGAAAAGCUUGUGCUGCAGUUGGUCAGAGUGGUCUUAUGGCUCUUUAUGAUGCAUUGUUCAGUCAGCUGGACGUGUCAUCAUCACAGCUUCUUGUGACUGACAAUGAUUUUAGGGACCCAGAUUUCAGAUUGCAGAUUUCUGAAACAGUUCAAUCAUUGUUGAAUCUGAGGGUUAUACCUAUUUUUAACGAGAAUGAUGCAAUCAGUACCAGGAGAGCUCCAUAUGAGGAUUCUUCUGGCAUAUUUUGGGAUAAUGACAGUUUAGCUGCUCUUUUGGCUUUGGAGCUGAAAGCUGACCUUCUUGUGCUAUUGAGUGAUGUAGAUGGCCUAUACAAUGGGCCUCCAAGUGAUCCAAAUUCAAAGUUAAUCCACACAUACAUAAAGGAAAAGCAUCAAGGAGAAAUCACAUUUGGGGACAAAUCUAGGGUAGGAAGAGGAGGUAUGACCGCAAAAGUAAAAGCUGCUGUCUACGCAGCUUAUGCUGGUAUCCCUGUUGUUAUUACAAGUGGCUUUGCUCCUAACAACAUCAUAAAAGUACUUAAAGGAGAACAUGUUGGUACGCUUUUUCAUCAAGAUGCACAUUUGUGGGUUUCACUCAAAGGUACUGGUGCACGUGAGAUGGCAGUUGCAGCAAGGGAAUGUUCCAGAAGACUUCAGAGCCUGUCUUCAGAAGAUAGAAGGAAAAUUUUGCUGGACAUUGCUGACGCACUUGAGGCAAACGAAAACUUGAUCAGAGUUGAGAAUGAAGCUGAUGUUGCUGAAGCACAGCAGGAUGGCUAUGAGAAAUCAUUGAUAUCUCGGUUGACUCUGAAGCCUGGGAAGAUCUCAAGUCUUGCAAAAUCAAUUCGUGUACUUGCGGACAUGGAAGAACCAAUUGGUCAUGUUUUGAAGAGAACAGAGCUUGCAGAUGGGCUCAUCUUGGAGAAGACAUCAUGUCCAUUGGGUGUUCUUUUGAUUGUUUUUGAGUCUCGGCCCGAUGCUCUUGUUCAGAUAGCUUCAUUAGCUAUUCGGAGUGGAAAUGGACUUCUCCUGAAAGGAGGGAAAGAAGCAAAACAAUCAAAUGCAGUCUUGCACAAGAUUAUUACUGAAGCCAUCCCUGAUUCUGUUGGAAAAAACCUUAUUGGACUAGUCACUUCAAGAGAUGAGAUCCCUGAUUUGCUAAAGCUUGAUGAUGUCAUAGAUCUUGUAAUCCCAAGAGGCAGCAAUAAACUUGUUGCUCAAAUCAAGAAUUCUACAAAAAUUCCUGUUCUUGGUCAUGCUGAUGGAAUUUGCCAUAUUUAUGUUGAUGAAAGAGCUAAUAUGGAUAUGGCAAAGCGAAUUGUUUUGGAUGCGAAAAUAGAUUAUGCUGCAGCCUGUAAUGCUAUGGAAACUCUUCUUGUACACAAAGAAUUGGUGAAGAAUGGUGGACUUAAUGACCUUAUGGUCGAGCUCAACAGUGAAGGUGUUACUCUAUAUGGUGGGCCAAGAGCAAGUUCCUUGUUGAAUAUUGCAGAGGCACAAUCAUUUCAUCACGAAUACAACUCAUUGGCUUGCACCAUUGAAAUUGUGGAUGAUUUGCACGAAGCCAUUGACCAUAUACAUCGUCAUGGAAGUGCACAUACGGAUUGCAUCAUUACGGAAGAUCAUGAAGCUGCCAAAAUCUUCCUACAGCAAGUUGACAGUGCUGCGGUCUUUCACAAUGCGAGCACACGAUUUUGUGAUGGAGCUCGUUUUGGACUUGGGGCAGAGGUUGGGAUAAGUACAAGCAGAAUCCAUGCUCGAGGACCAGUUGGGGUUGAGGGACUAUUGACAACACGAUGGAUCCUGCGAGGAAGUGGGCAAGUGGUGGAUGGUGAUAAGGGGGUUGUCUACACUCACAAGGAUCUGAGUUUGCAGUCCUAAAUGCUUAUUGCUGGGAUCGGUUUGCCAAAGCUCAAGGACUCGGUCACCAUCUGGUGCUGUCAUUGUUGUAACGUGCAUGCCUCCUAUUGGUUAUCUCUAAUAAGUUUUAUUAUUGGUUGUGCAUUAAGGAAGAUAAAAUGGUUAGAAAGGCAGAGAAAGCAAAGCUAGAAUUAUUUUCCCCAUUUUAUCCCAGAGACUAAGAGUUUCCUAUGCUGUGAUGCUUUUUCUAGUUGCAGUUUUUGAGCAUCCUUGGGAACAGAUUUGGAAAUAGCUCAAGGAAGGGAAUUAGCGUGAUGAAUUAAACAAUGGUUAAUUUAGGAU